AUCUCAGGGUUUCGGGUCAGAACUCAGGGUUUGGGCUCAGAUUUCUUUGCCCACCCCACAAGUCUGAGGUGCGAGCAGGAGCACACCCACAUUGGUAAAAUUUUGGGGGAAAAAUGGGAUUUUAGGGUCAGAACCCACAGAUUUCUGAGUUUAAACCCCCCUGAAAUUGGGGUUAGAACCCCCCUGAGAUUCCAGGGCUAAACCUCCAGGAUUUGGGAUCACAUCAGGAACAACAACCCCAAAUUUUGGGUUAAAUCUGGGGAAUUUGGGGUCAGAACCCCCCUGGGAUUCAGGAUCAAACUCCCUGGGACAUGGGGGAAAUUAAUUAACCCAAAACUUGAAAUUUUGGGCAAUAAUUUAUGCAGAUUUAGGUGAAAAUGUGUCAUCAAUGCAACAAUCUCUUGGUUAACCACGUUCGUUUUUUAACAAUAAUUUAUUUUUAGCGGUUGUUGUGUGUUUUAAGGUAACAAUUUUCUUCUGAUAACCUUUAUUUUUAGUAAAAUCAGGUGUUUUAGGUAAUAAUGACUGUGUUUAAUUACAUCUCCUGUUCUAGGUAAUAACAGUUGCUUUUUUUAGUAGUAGUCAUGUGUUUUGGGUAAUAAUGUGCUUAUUUUAGGCAAUGUGAAUUUUUUAAGGAAUAAUCUCUCAUUUUAGGUAAAAUUGUGGUUGUUUUAGAUAAAACUGUGAUUGUUUUAGGUAAUAACUUUUACCUUCUCUAGUAAUAAUCUCACAUUUUAGGUAACAGUGUGAUAUUUUAGGAAAUAAUGUCUUUUUUUUGACCGAUAAUCUUCUAUUUUAGGUAAUAAUGUCUGGUUUAUGAUAACAAUCUCUAGAUUUUCCAUAAGAAUGCAGGAGGUUUGGUAAUAAUGUGCUUUUUUUGGGUAAAACUGUGAAUUUUUUGAUAACAAUGUGAUUAUUUUUCUUUUGUGAUAACCUGCUUUUUUUGGUAAUAACCCGUUUUUUGGGGGGGAACAAAUGUGUUUUUUGGGUUAAUAACCUGCUGUUAUCAUUAAGAAGGUGUAUUUUUCUGAACACCCUGAAGAACAUCGAGAAGGAGUGCAAUGCCAAGAUCAUGAUCAGGGGCAAGGGCUCUGUCAAGGAGGGCAAGGUUGGCCGCAAGGACGGGCAGAUGCUGCCGGGCGAGGACGAGCCCCUGCACGCCCUCGUCACCGCCAACACCAUGGAGAACGUCAAGAAAGCCGUGGAGCAGAUCAGGAACAUCCUGAAGCAGGGCAUCGAGACCCCCGAGGACCAGAACGACCUGCGCAAGAUGCAGCUGCGGGAGCUGGCGCGGCUCAACGGGACCCUGCGGGAGGAUGACAAUCGCAUCCUGAGGCCGUGGCAGAGCACCGAGACUCGCAGCAUCACCAACACCACGGUGUGCACCAAGUGCGGCGGCGCCGGGCA